GGUUAAACGAUUUUCAUUGAAAAUCGACUUCAAAGACUGAAUAGAUGAAAGAUUGAAAAUCGGAAAAGAAUCUAACAAAAGUUGACUGAGAUACAUCUAAAAAUUACUCGAAAAAUUUGAAAAAAUGCAAAUGCAAUUUAAAAUUCUAAGUCGAUUCAAAACCGUCUUCAAAUACUCAAUAGAUAAACGUCCGGAAAACGAAAAGAAAUCUGCAAAAGUUGACUAAAAGACAUCUAAAAAUUACUCUAAAAAUACUAGAAAAAAUCGCAAACUUCAUUUAAAAUAUUAAGUCCAUCGAUCUGGUCAGUCGUCUUAAAAGACUCAAUAGAUAAAAGCGGAAAAAUUGGAAAAGAACUUUACAACCUUGACUUGGACAUUUAGAAAUUACUAUAAAAAUAAGAAAAAAUCACAAACUCCAUUUAAAACUGUCGUAAAAAGUCGUAAGCAAUUUGGUUUAAUCGCUUAGAAGAUUCUCCUUUAAAAUCGUCUUCAAAGCCUCAAUAGAUGAAAGCCGGAAAAUUGGGAAAAAAACUUUACAAAAUUACCUUGAAACACAUUUACUGUAAUUAAUUACUGUAAAAAAUGGAAAAAAUCGCAAACUUUGUUUAAAAUUCCAAAUCGACUUCAAAGGCUCAAUGGAUGAAAGCCGGAAAAUUGGAAAAGAAAAAAGUUGCCUGAAAGACAUCUAGAAAUUGCAACAAAAAUUUUAAAAAAAUUGCAAAUUUUAUUUAAAUUUCUGAAUCAAUCAAUCUGGUUCAAUUGUUUAAACUAUUGCGAUUCAAAAUCGACUUGAAGGCUUAAUAGGGAAAAUCGGAAAAAAAGUUUAGAAAUUUCACGAAAAAAUUGCACAUAGAGCUUAAAAUUCGACGUCGAUCAAUCGGGUUUAAUCUUUUAGAAUAUUCUCCUUCAAAGGCUCAUUAGAUAAUAGCCGGAAAAUUGGAAAAAAACGUUACAAAAUUACCUUGAAACACAUUUAGAAAUUACUGUAAAAAUUAGAAAAAAUCGCAAACUCCGUUUAAAAUUCUAAGUCGACCAAUCUGGUUUAAUCGUUUAAACUAUUGCCAUUCAAAAUCGACUUGAAGACUUAAUAGGAAAAAGCCGGAAAAUCGGGAGAAAAGUUUACAAAAGUUGACUGAAAGACAUUUCGAAAUUUCACGAAAAAAUGCACAAAGAAUUUAAAAUUCGAAGUCGAUCAGUCUGGUUUAAUACUUUGGAAGAUUCUCCUUCAAAGUCGUCUUCAAAGACUCAAUAGACAAUAGCCGGAAAAUUGGAAAAGAACUUUAUAAAAUUGCCUUGAAAGACAUUUAGAAAUUACGCUAAAAAUGAGAAAAGUCGCAAACUCUAUUUAAAAUUCUAACAGAUCAUUCUGGUUUUAGCGUUUAGAAGAUUCUCAUUGUAAAUCGACUUCAAAGACUCUAUGAAUGAAAGUUGGAAAAUUUAAAAAGAACUUUUAAAAAGAAACACAUUUUUUCCUAAAAAAUUAGGAAAAAUCGCAAACUCUAUUUGAAACUCUAAGUAUUUAUCUGGUUCCAUCGUUUAGAAGAUUAUGAUCCUAAAUCGACAUCAAAGACUCCAUAAACGCGGGAAAAUCGCAAAAAAAAACUGCAAAAGUUGACUGAAAACAUUUAGAAUUUGCAAUAAAAAGUAGAAAAUUGUAAAUUCCAUUUAAAUUUCUACGCCGAUCAAUCUGGUUUAGUCGUUUAAACUAUCGCCAUUCGAAAUCGACUUGAAGACUGCAAAAAGCCGGGAAAAUCGGCCCAGAAGUUUACAAAAGUUGACUGAAAGACAUCUAGAAAUUACAUUAGGCCGAUCAUCCGGUCAAUUUAAAAGAUUAAUUUUGAUUUUUUCCACCUUCAAAUUCAGACCAAAAAAAUCAACUUUUAACGGCGAGACUCCAAAGCGACUUAAGAAAGCCUUAAGCGUUCACAAUAUGCGCAAAUAUUGUUAAAGUUUGAUUUAAAACCUGCUUUUUUGGGAAUUAAAUUAGAUUUUUAACGCAAUCUGUUAUUCUUCAAUCAACGUCCAAGAGUUUAAAGAAUUGUUUAGAAAUAGGCUGCAAAAAGUUGGACUUGAGAACCGGAAUAAUCUGAAAACAGCUUUGCAAAAGUUGAAUUGAAUAAAUUUUAAAAUUAGUCGGAAAGCUGAAGAAAAUGUCCAUAAAAGAGCACUCCAGCUUAAACAAUUGUUUACAAAAAAUUAAUCUCGAAAAAGCUUCAAAAUUUCAAAACCCGAAAUCAACCAGAGAAAGCACGAACUUUAUCUUUCUUCAGAAACACAACUCAAAUAUAUAUAAAUAUGAACUCAAAAUAUAUCCUUUAAAAAAAGCGCAGGUUAAUGUACAUUUUUGGGACGCUCUCAAGUAUAUUUUUUUACUUAUGUGACGUAAACUCUGCAAAUGUUUAUCUUUUAAAAAUGUAUUUGCAUUUUUUUAUUUUCAGUAGUGCAGAAAAAUUAAAUUGAAAUCGGCAGUUUUCCAGUUUUACUUUCUGCAUCUGAAACAAAGGAAAGCGCCGUUUUUUUAAAAUCAAAACCAACUAAUCUUGCACAAAAAAGGUCAAAUUGGAUAACUUUGAACCUUGACACUUGAACAAAAGUGCCCAGUUUAAAGAAACGGACUGGCAAACCGAAAUAAAGCAUCUACUGCAGCGACCCUUGCGACUGCGCCAGUUUUAUUGCUAUAGCACCACUACUAGCCACAAUUAGUGUAGAGAAAUGGUCCCAACCUUAGCCGUUCUAAGUGGUUUGGGUUGAAAUGGGUCAAGGUCUAUUAAUCCUCUUCCUCCAGCCGUAGAAUUAACACGUCUUCUUUGAGCAACUGUCCCACUUGCACUCAGCUUCUUAGCCUGUUGGUCUUGUCACGUAGCAAUCGCUCCCUUAAUUAACUAAAUUCCCGACUGGUAGGGUGAGCCCAAGGUGUCCUCCUCCUUGCCAACCAAUCAUUCAGACAAUUAACCAAUUGAAAACAGGGGAAGAUUAAAUUUUAAUGGUAUUCUUGAUGGUGAUAAGAUUAUUGAUGGCGACUGGUGCAGAAGCAGUAAGUCGCGAAAGAACGAAGACAUGGCGCCGUUUCAAACAGCUGUAACAAUAACGCCCGACAAUAGAGACGGUCAGGAAAUAAUUGAGGUGCAAAUAUUGCCGCAGGAUGACAAUUGGGGCGAGAACACAACAGCGAUAACGGGCAACACGUCCGAACAGUCCCAGUCCACUGAAGACGUGAGCAAUUGGCCAGGCGAGCCGGACACUGGGAUCGGCUUCAUGUGUCAGCGCUACAUGGGCGCUUUGAUCACUUACGUCCUAUCGGCCGUCGCUUUCCUCAGUCCGGUCGCCAUGGUCGUUUUCCCCAAGUUGGGCUUCUUCCCCGCCCUGUCCAAUCGCUUGGGAUUGGCCGAGGGCGAUCGCUUGUUGGCUUGCGGCGCUGAGUGCAAGGGACAGUUGGUUUCGCUGGCCUUCAAGAUGGCCAUCCUGGCCAUCGGCGCCUGGGCGGUUUUCCUGCGAAAGCCCCACGCGACCUUGCCCAGGUUCUUCCUGUUCCGGGCGGGCGUUCUUCUGUUCGUUCUCAUCUGUUGCUUUGCCUACUGGCUGUUCUACAUCGUGCAAGUCACGGAAACGGCUCGGGCCGCCACUACCCCAGAGGAAACUGUUGAUUACAAGGCGCUGGUGGCCUACGCGUCCAGCUUAACCGACACUCUGCUCUUCAUCCAUUAUCUGGCGGUGGUUCUGGUGGAAAUCCGCCAUCUGCAGCCGCAGUACUAUAUUAAGAUCGUGCGCAGCCCGGACGGGGCGAGUCGCGCCUAUGGGAUCGGCCAGCUGAGCAUCCAGCGCGCAGCCGUUUGGGUUCUUGAAAAGUACUACACAGAGUUCCCCAUCUACAACCCCUACUUAGAGCGCAUCCCGGUCUCGAAGUCGCGCAAGACUUCCACCAGCUUCAAGUUUUACGACGUGGAUGGCGCGAACAACUCCCAAAUCCAGCAGUCCCAGUCCCGGGCAAUGUUGGCGGCUCACGCCAGGCGGCGCGAUUCCAGCCACAAUGAGCGGUUCUAUGAAGAGCACGAGUACGAGCGCAGAGUGAAGAAACGGAGAGCCCGACUGGUGACGGCAGCCGAAGAAGCCUUUACCCACAUCAAGCGCUUGCACCACGACCAAGUGCCAGCCAUUCCAAUGGAUCCGCAUGAAGCCGCCCAGGCCAUCUUCCCUUCGAUGGCCAGGGCUUUGCAGAAGUACCUGCGGAUCACCAGGCAGCAGCCGCGACACACCGUGGACUCCAUUCUCAGCCAUCUGGCCAACUGUCUGAGCAACGACCUGACGCCGAAGGCUUUCCUGGAACCGUUCCUGGUCAGUGACCCGGUGCUCCAGAACGAGAAGGAACAGAAGAGUGUGCAAACGUGGGCUUUGAUAUGCGAGGAACUGCUGACCAGGCCGAUCGCUGAUGGGGCGCUGUUCCAGCUCAGGCAGAACGACGUCUCCUUGUUGUGCAGCGUCAAGAAGUUGCCCCACUUUAAUAUCACUGAGGAGGUGGUGGAUCCCAAGAGCAACAAGUUUGUGCUGAGGCUGAACUCGGAGACUUCCGUAUGACCCAUGUACACAUCGAUGGAUCGGUUGAUUUAGUUGCGUUUACUGUGCGUGCUCGAAUGAAGCAAUAGUUAGAUAAGGGAAUUUGAUGGGGUUUUCUGGGUGUCUAAUGCGAGCGUACUUAAUUACCUACACGUAUUUUUUUAUCGAAGGAUGCAUAUUUAUGUGGAAGAGUUGGAUGAAGGCGACUCGUUAGUCAAUAGGGGACUUGGAGACAAUCUUGAUCUUUGAAAAGUUGGAAACAAAACAUUUAACACAGUGCAUGGGGAUCUGAACUAGAACCAUUUUGGGUUAUCCAAACUUCUAGAUUGCGUAAUUCGCAGCCAAUAGUAUCCAUGAGUCGAACACGUUCGAUUUGGGUUUCUACAGUCUGUCCCAAGCUAUUUGGCAGUGACCUCAUCCUAGGCCUGGGCAACUCAGUGAAUUUUUGGGAGUUGGCGCAGUGUAGCGCAAUGGCUUGGUGCGUCAACCCAAUGCACCGGCGCAGUAACUCGGUUCUGUUGCUGGGAAAAUGUUGAUGACUUUUUUUCAGUUGUUUUUAAUUUCUGAAUUCUCAAAUUUCAGUUUUAGCAAAGUUACUCUUUCUUCUAAACGCUAAGCGCUUAAAAGCUUCUGAAAACUAAAGUUCCACUUUAAAAUACUGACAUUCUUAAAGUUUUUUCUGCGAAAAAUUAUAAAAUACAUUUUAUUAAAACACUCGCAUCCUUCGUCGAUUUGUCAAAAGUUGUAAAAUCCUUUUCCAGCUUUGAAUUUGGUAUAAAAAUCAAAUAAUUUUUUAUGAAACAACGAAGAAGAAAAGUUUAUAAUACAUUAUUUGGGCUCGUCAGCCCCACCCCGUGAAGACUGUAGAGUUUGUUAAAAAAACUGCGAUUUUUUGCUUUACUUUCUACUCAAAAACGCUCUAUUUUGAAGAGUUUCACUUAAAAAUACUGACAAUCAAGUCUUUCACGGGAAAAAUUCCAAGAUAAAUUUAUAGCUUUGUACAAAUUUUACAAAAACUUUUUUCGGUGUCAAAUUCGGGACAAAAACGAAAAU